UACUAAUCAUGUGCCUAGUCGUGGCGAGUGAUUGGUUCUCGGGGCCCCCGCAGGGCGGAGCUUUUGGCGCGGGGCGGGGCUGCCGCGGGCAGCUGCCGGCUACUGUUUGCCGGAACCUCCCGGCGCGCCCCCGCGAGGCCCCUCCCGCCCGGCGCGCGACCCCGCCGCUCCGAAUGUUGUGAAUCAAAUGUGGGGUUUGUUACAUUCCGCUGGCGCCGCGGACAGUUCUUAAAGGGCCAGCCGCAAGCAGCUGCGCAAACCCAGCCGCGUCCUGCGCCGCCUCCCGCUCCCGGAGGGCCUGGGCCGAAAGAGGCUGACCGCGCGUGGGCCUCGCAAGGCAGACGCCGGCAGACAAAGAGGGCCCCGGAAGGAGCCGCACUGCCCCUGGACCAGGGGGAGGGAAGGGAGCAUAUUGUUCCGCAGGGCGGGGGCUCUUAAAGGGUCCAGGCAGCACCCCCCACCCUACCCCCUUGCCCAGGUUGGCCGUCCUAGUUCCGGAACAAAGGAAUCAACGUGUGGCCAGCGGCUGAAGGGUUGUGAGCCCUAGCCCAGCCCCUCCGCCCCUCUGCCACCCCUGAUGCGACCAUGGGCUCUCGCAGUGACUAGGUGGCCACCCUCUGCCCCUGUGGGUCAGUGGCGAUUGUCUGCAGGACCCAGCAGCACCCCGGGCCAGCUCCAGGGAAGUGGCCCCCUCAGUCCUACCGGGGCCUCCUCUCUGUGGUGCAGCCCCGGCCACGAGGGCCGCCCGCCUGCCCAGGAUGAGCGCUUACCCUCCCAGCAGCCGCCGCCCCGACCGCCACACCUCCCCGUAGAGGAGCGCCGAGCUUCGGCUCCUGCCGGCGGGAGCCCCCGAAUGCUGCACCCAGCCUCCCAACAGAGCCCAUUCAUGGUUGAUCUCCACGAGCAGGUGCACCAGGGACCCGUCCCUCUAUCCUACACAGUCACUACAGUGACGACCCAAGGCUUCCCCUUGCCUUCAGGCCAGCACAUCCCUGGCUGCAGUGCCCAACAGCUCCCAGCAUGCUCCGUGAUGUUCAGCGGGCAGCACUACCCGCUCUGCUGCCUCCCGCCCCCGCUGAUCCAGGCGUGUACCAUGCAGCAGCUCCCCGUGCCCUACCAGGCCUACCCCCACCUCAUCUCCAGUGACCACUACAUCCUACACCCCCCACCGCCAGCCCCACACCCCCAGCCUGCCCACAUGGCACCGCUUGGGCAGUUCAUAUCGCUGCAGACCCAGCACCCGCGAAUGCCCCUGCAGCGGCUGGACAAUGAUGUGGACCUACGGGGGGACCAGCACCCUUUGGGGAGCUUCACCUACUCCACCUCUGCCCCAGGCCCGGCCCUGUCCCCAUCCAUGCCCCUGCACUACCUGCCCCAUGAUCCCCUGCACCAGGAACUGUCCUUCGGUGUGCCCUAUUCCCACAUGAUGCCAAGGAGACUGAGCACCCAGAGAUACCGCCUGCAACAGCCACUUCCCCCGCCGCCCCCACCGCCACCCCCACCACCGUAUUACCCCAGCUUCCUGCCCUACUUCCUCUCAAUGCUGCCAAUGUCACCAACAGCAGUGGGGCCAACCAUCAGCCUGGAUCUCGAUGUGGAUGAUGUGGAGAUGGAGAACUAUGAGGCCCUCCUGAGUCUGGCGGAGCGGCUGGGAGACGCCAAGCCCCGAGGCCUCACCAAAGCGGACAUUGAGCAGCUUCCGGCCUACCGAUUUAACCCGGACAGCCAUCAGUCCGAGCAGACACUGUGUGUCGUCUGCUUCAGUGACUUUGAGGCGCGGCAGCUGCUCCGAGUCCUCCCCUGCAAUCACGAGUUCCACACCAAGUGUGUCGACAAGUGGUUGAAGGCCAACCGGACGUGUCCCAUUUGCCGGGCUGACGCCUCCGAGGUGCCCAGGGAGGCCGAAUGAGGCCCACAGCUGCCCAGGAGAACCCUGCCCGAAGCUCUGGAAACCUCCCCAACCCAGGGAGGAUGGGGAAGGAAUGGCCCAGUCUUACCCUGCCAUUCCCACCUGCAUCUCCAGAACUGGUGCCAGGGUCAGGCCUGAGAGAAGCCCCUGCAAUAAGCCCCCUGCAUUUGCCAAGCUCCAAAGACCCCUUCCCCAGCCUGCCUGCCAGUCCACCUGCCACAGAGCUGCCUGAGUAUCCCUGAUUCUGUCUCCCUCCUGUUUGCCCUCGGGUCCGUCUCCUUUUUCCUACUGGCACUGGGAGCUAGGGGUUUGUUUCCCCAGCACAGCUGGCGGAGACCCUUGGCCCCAGGUGGCAUUGACAAGCAUGGACACGUGGUGGUCUGAGGCCAUUUCCUGAACCCCAGGCCUAGGUCCUCCUGCCUUCACCGCAGUCAGACUCACAGCCAGCUCAGCCAGCUGGCUGUGAGGGGUGGCUCUGGCCCUCGCCCCAGGGACAACAUUCCAGCCCCACCCCCAGGCUGGAGGGCAUCAGAGCCAGCCUCCCUUGCAGAAAGGAGACAGGGCCCGGGUCACGCCUGGGAGAGGGACCUCCGGUGUUCUGGUGGCCACCCCUCUCUGGCAGUGAUGGGGGCUGGGCGCUCAUGCCCAUCUCCCUGCUCUGUCCUUCUGCAUGAACGUGAGGAGCAGCAGUUUUUAUUUAUUCAUUUGGCCCAAGAUUGCGUACAGGAUUUGGGGGGUAGAUUUUUAAACAGUUUGUUUUCUUUUCAUUAAAUGGGAGGUAUAGGGACCAACUAGGACCCAGUGCCCAGGGGACAGGAAAUGGUCCAGUGGUGCCGCCCGGUCCACAUGCAUGUGCGCGGCUGGGGCUGGGCCGGGUGGCUGGCGGUCAUGGGCGAGGGUAGGGGGUAUGUGCUCAGCCGAUAACUGCCAUGCACUGUACUGCACACGUCCCCAGAGCCUACCGGGACCGUACGCUUUUCAGGGCAUUUCUCCCUCCAGCCAGGGCCCGUCUCCCACCUGCCUGGGCAAGUCUCCUCCAAGGAAGUCCCAGGAGGACAGGGACCAGGGAGGGUCUGGGCCCCACUUCCAGAGGCCCCCCGCCCUCACCCUUCUGGUCCCUUUCCUGUCCUAUCCCCAGCUGGGGUUGCUGCCCCGAACGAACCGCGUGUGGGGCCGGCACAUCCUAGCAGGCAGCCCCUGGCGCCUGCUGCCUCAGGGAUGCUCCAACCACCCUCGUUCUCCUGGCAGCGGCCCUGGCUCCCACCUCCCCCAGCCUGCCAUGGGGCCCCAUCAGCCUGGCCCCACCCCCAUGGAGAACCCAAAGUCUUACUGUAUAUAACUCCAGGUGACGUUUCUAUAUUUAUAGCAGUGUUGAAACCCCACGUGUUUUACACAGAACCAUCCUCUCCGACCCCUCCCUUACCCACCCAACAAAAGGUUUUCAAAACCCUCCAGUUCCUGGGGCAGGCGAACAGGCUCGGAUUGUGUCGGCUGCAGCAGUGGUUCCAACCAGCAGCUACUGGGGGCGGGGGGGAACAACAUUAAAAAAAAAAUCAUUAAAAAAAUUUAUAAAACAAUUAUUUAGGAUGUUUGUGAUUUGCCGACCUUGCUAUAGAUGCCAUAUUACCAAUGAUUUCCUGUGGUGGGGGCUUGUUAUUGUUUACUCUUAUUUACCAACUUCUGGCCUAGGCAUGACAGUGGGCAGCAUCCCCCAGCCUGGCUGGGCCCAGCACCUGUGUUCUGUGUUAGAAAGGUUUUAUAUAUAUAUGUAACUACAUAUAUAUAUAAAUAUAUGUAAUUGGGGGGACCCUGUUCCUUGCACAUUUUACAGUUACCUCAUUUUUCCCAUGUAUGUAUUUGAGAAAAUGCUAAUAUAUAGAGAAAAAAAUGGUUCUUAAAGCUUAAAUGUGUGGUUUUUUCCAUUCCAUUGGAUUCACAUUGGUUUGUAGCAUUUAACAUAACUAGUAUGUUGUAUUAUAUAUAUGUGUAUACUGAUUGAAAUUUUUAACAGAUUUGUACUUUUUUUAAAAUGAAAGUUGCUAGUUCUGCUUGACCAAGUAGUGCAAUCAUUAUUUUUUUUAAUAUUGUUGCUGAUUUCAGAGGGAUAUUCACUAAUAAAUGUAUGAUGUAUAUCAAGUAUUGCCCAA